UUUUUGGGCUCUUCUGUGUCUCCGGCCAGGGUGGUCGCCAUGGAAGAAAGCAGCCUGGGCGCCUUGCAGCAGAGGGCGACGGAACUGGAGCACAUGGCCGAGAUCCUGCUUACGGGAGAGCAGUUACGGCUCAGACUUCAUGAAGAAAAGAUCAUUAAAGAUCGUAGGCAUCACUUGAAAACCUAUCCUAACUGCUUUGUUGCCAAAGAACUGAUUGAUUGGCUGAUAGAUCACAAGGAGGCCUCGGAUAGGGAGACCGCAAUUAAGCUCAUGCAAAAAUUACUGGACCGCAGCGUUAUCCACCACGUUUGCGAUGAGCAUAAGGAGUUCAAAGAUCUCAAACUUUUCUACCGCUUUAGGAAAGAUGAUGGAACCUUCCCCCUGGACAACGAAGUGAAAGCCUUCCUGAGAGGACAGAGGAUCUACGAAAAGCUAAUGAAUACUGAAAAUGCACUUUUACAAGCUAGAGAAGAGGAAGGAAUAAAAUAUGAACGUACUUUCAUGGCGUCUCAGUUGAUUGAUUGGUUGAUCCAGGAAGGAGAGGCCACCACAAGGUCUGAGGCUGAACAACUUGGGCGUCGGCUGCUGGAACAUGGAAUCAUGCAGCAUGUAUCCAACAAACACCAUUUUGUAGACAGCAAUUUGCUGUACCAGUUCCGAAUGAAUUUCCGCCGCAGAAGGAGGUUGAUGGAGCUGCUCACUGAAAAGUCUCGCUUGAUACCAGAGAGUCAUGACAGCCCAUUUUGCCUACGCAAGCAAAAUCAUGACAACAAAAAACAUACCAGUUUCCUCUCAGUGAGCCCCACCAAGGAGAUAAAAAUCAUCUCGGCGGUCAGACGGAGUAGCAUGAGCAGCUGUGGGAGCAGUGGAUACUUUAGCAGCAGUCCGACACUCAGCAGCAGCCCCCCAGUACUGAGUAACCCCAAAUCGGUAUUAAAGAGACCGGUGACUCCUGAGGAACUUCUAAUGCCUGGAGCUCCCUAUGCCAGAAAAACCUUCACAAUUGUAGGUGAUGCUGUUGGAUGGGGAUUUGUGGUGCGUGGGAAUAAACCUUGCCACGUCCAAGCCGUAGAUCCCAGUGGACCUGCAGCAGCAGCAGGAAUGAAGGUCUGCCAGUUUGUGGUUUCAGUGAAUGGACUCAAUGUUCUCCACGCAGACUACAGGACAGUGAGCAAUCUCAUCCUGACGGGUCCUCGAACCAUAAUUAUGGAAGUGAUGGAAGAAAUAGAGCCCUGAGAAGGACACUCGAGAGGCUGGUCCCACCAUGCUCAGCCGCUGUGCAAACGGGAUCAAGAUUAUACAAGGGGAUACAAACAGCCCUUGUCUACAAAUGUGAUUUUGCCUUCUUAGUAGUUAUCUGCCCCAUCUUUAGCAAUCAUUAAUAUUUUGGUGGAUGUUCUGAAAGAUGGAAUCUGCAUUUAACUGAACCUGAAGAACAAACCAAGCUAUCGGUCAGCUGUAUUUCAGCGACACGGCAAGCUCAGGUGGUUUGCAUCACUGGGAGAUGUGACCCAAACACUAGUGUCCACACUUAUGUCAGGAAUCAUGUUCGUGCAGGUUCACCAAUGCCAUGUUGCUCCUCUUUUGGCUCCUCUUUGGAAUCAUAAUUUUAUUCCACACUACUAUGGAUUUGCAGUGGAGCCAUAAGGCUUCUGUUCUGCUACGUGGCAGCGCUUCAAUCCAAAUGUACAGAAGUUUUAAAAGCAGGGCGGUUUAUGUUAACCAAACUUGGUACCGAGACUAGCCCAGUCCUGCAACCCAAAUAAGGGCUCAUCCAAAUGGAACGUUUGUUGUAUUUUGUUCACUAAUGAGAACAGUAUAUUUCCCAGUGUCCAGACACACAAGGCUUAAAGCAGACCCAACUGUGAUGAAUUGCAAAAACAACCACAAAAAAACAUCCAUGCUUUUAAAAACCACUUCUAGGAGUUGUGGGUGGUGAUGGUCACAUUGGACUGGUGGCAGAGUUUAAGCAACAAGAGCUUCUCCAGCUGGAAGUUUUCAUUUUAGUGUUAUUCCAUUUAAGGAAACCACAAAAAUCCAGCAGGUUUUUGAACACAGAUGAUUUCCGACAUGGAUUAGCAUCAGAUAUCUGCUGCCAUUGGGGCUUUUCAAUUGAAUCUACUAAAGCAAAACAAAGCAAGGACAUGGGAUCCAGCAGACAAGGUCAUUCUGAAGUUUCUCCCCCCCCCCCUUGUAAACAGCUUGGUCAAUGUUCUUCAAGAUUUUAGGAAAGGUUUUGAUCCAUUUCUUACAGAGAAUCUGAUUACUUUAAGAGAGAAAGCAAAACAUGCUGCUUAUAUAUCACCCCGUAGUGCUUAAAGCACUGUCUUGACUGUUUACAAUUUAAUUAUACAGGCAAUACAUUGCAAGCUGGGUACUCGGUUUACUGACUUCAGAAAAAUGGAAGGCUUCGUAAGCCUCAAGCCAAUUACACGGGAUUGAACCCAGGUUAUGAGCAGAGUUUGGCUGCAAUACUGCAGUUUAACCACUGCACCACAAGGCUGCUAAGGGGAAUAGAAGAAAAAGGGGUAGCAUAGAACUAAAUCCAGGUAAGAUUUAUGCUUAAAUGGAACCAACUGCAAUGUGGAAAAGUACAGAUGCUCUGUCUGGAUGAGCCCUAAGAUAAUCAAAUUAAAGAAGUGUACAUCUUAA